AUGGGUCGCCUUAGAGAAUACCAGGUCAUUGGCCGUCACUUGCCUUCCGAGGCCAACCCAGCCCCAAAGUUGUACCGCAUGAGAAUCUUUGCACCAAACACCGUUGUUGCAAAGUCUCGUUUCUGGUACUUCUUGAUGAAGUUGAGAAAGGUCAAGAAGGCAAAUGGAGAAAUCGUCAGCUUGAACGAGAUCUCUGAGAAGCGCCCAAUGAAGGUUAAGAACUUCGGUAUCUGGAUCAGAUAUGAUUCCCGCUCCGGAACUCACAACAUGUACAAGGAGUACCGUGAGAUGUCAAGAACCGAUGCUGUUGAGGCUUUGUACCAAGAUAUGGCUGCCAGACAUCGUUCCCGUUUCAGGUCGAUCCACAUCCUCAAGGUUGUUGAGAUCGAGAAGACCGAAGACGUCAAGCGCCCAUACAUUAAGCAACUCCUCGAAAAGGACCUCAAAUUCCCUCUUCCUCACCGCAUCUCCAAAUCCAUGACCGCCAACCUCUUCGCCUCAAAGAGACCAUCAACUUUCUACUAA